UGGUGCUGUUUCAAACGCACGCUACAACUAGCUGGCUUUACGCUCUGCAUACCUCUCUACUCAUAAACCUGCCAUCAAGACCAUAGGCUCAGGUAGUGGAUGCUUGCAGCAGUGGUGAGCGGCGGCUUCACCUUGCUCCGAGGAGCGGUGGGUCUCGCAACUGCUACGGCUGUGCCGGCUCCUCCGCUGCCCUCACAUGUUGCCAUGCCGGUGUUGUGUCGCGCUCGGCCGAGACAUCAGCGUUGGCCAAAUGGAAGCAUAGUAGGGCCCAGCGCUGGAUUCAUUUCACACCUUGCCGUCGACCCUUCCAGUGCUACUCGUGUGUUGCGCGUGUGUACACCAUCGACUAUUGCGCCGCAUGGCGGGGUGGAAGAAGACUUACCCAGAUCCACGCCACCACGCAGUACCACCAACAACGAAAGCCAACAGGCAAAGGCCAGAAGAGAGGCCCGUUUCGACGAGGAGGGGGAGUACCGAGUGUUUCGAGAGCUGUUGGAGGGCAAAAAGACGCGGUUUGUAUCGCGAGUCAUGUACGACGGAACGAACUACAAAGGCUUUCAAUUGCAAGGCCACGGCCUACCGACCGUACAGGGAGUACUCGAAAAGGCGCUGUCGACGCGGUUUCAGACGUACGUGCCGGUUGUUGCCGCAGGACGGACGGACACCGGCGUGCACUCGGUUGGCCAAGCGGUGCAUUUCGACCUGCCCAACGCCAACGAAGACCUCUCGCAGCUCGCGUACUCCAUGAACCAGAUGAUGCCAGAGGACGUUCGCGUGUGGAAUAUGUCGGUGGCCCCGCCAAGCUCUCCCUGGCAAGUGGAGAAAGGCUGGCCCUGGUCCUCCAUGCUCAACGCUCGCGGCAAGCGCUACAGCUACCGGCUGUUCGUGGGCCCCGUAAUGAGCCCUCUCGAUCGACUAUACAGGGCGCAUGCUAGCCAAGCCGCGGGGUCACCCAUCAACGUCGACCUUCUUUACCAAACUAUACCCAAGCUCGUGGGGAAGCAUGACUUCGCCGGGUUCUCUAACGAGGUUACCAAGAGGGCGACUCUCAAAAAGGAGGACGGGCUUGGGGAAUUCAACACCGUGAGAACCGUGUACUCGGCGGAGAUCAUCGACGAGGGGGGUGGUAACAUCCGACUGGACUUCCACUUGGACGGGGCUUUGUAUCGCAUGGUUAGGAAUAUGGUCGGGGCUUUGUUGGCCGUGGCUGCUGGUCGGUUGGAGCCUGAGGUUAUAGAUGAGAUUUUUGCAACACGCGUCAGAGAUUCUCGUCUGAUAUAUGCCGCGCCGGCGCACGGCCUGACGCUCGACACCGUGUUGUACGAUGGCUACGGUUAACGCAAUUCAAACAAAAUACAUCGG